GCCGCCGGGUCGMUCGGCGGCGGGAGGAGGAGCAGAAGCGCGGCCGCCGCGGCCGCCGGCCCGGCCUGGGUGCUCUGGGCUUCCCCCGGCCGCGCCAUGUGGCAGAGCAUCGGGCUGACCCUGCUGGUGAUCGUGGCCACGCUGGCCUGCGUGCUGCUCUUCAUGCUGUGCGGAUGGUAUGUGGUCUGGCAAUUGUUUUUGUCUAAAUUCAAAUUCCUGAGAGAAUUGAUAGGUGACACGGGAUCCCAGCAGGGAGACAACGAGCCKUCAGAGACUGAAGCUGAACAGGAAACUCCACCCUCACCUCAGAGAGCGAGACAGAAAUCUGCUCGGCAGCGAAGGGCACCUACAGAAGACACUACUUAAAGUACUCCGUUGAACUUCUGAGUAACUGUGAAUGGUUAACACCUCUGCACUGUGUCCUUCAGUGGUGUGAUCUUACUGAAAAACUGACCUAAGAGGUAGCAAUGAUCCCUGUGGACCUUUACUUCUGAGCUACCAGUGGAUGAUGCUGCUGUGGUUGAGGUUCAGGGAGGGCUUCAGCAGCAAGUCAGAGAAUYCUGUAGGAAUGGGGUAGAGAGAAAUGUCCAUCACAAAAAGGCUGAGCUCCUGUAUCACCUGUCUCAGCAUUUAGAUGAAAAACAGGUCCUGGACCAUAGGCUUAGCCUUUGCAUUAGUCUGAACAUAACAUUUCAGACUUGAAAUAGUUUAUAAAUUAUUUUUUUCUUUACAGCACUGUAACUACAUAUAGUGAAAUUGAGUUUUAUUUCCUCAGUUGUAUAUGAAUAUAUAUAUUUUUUCAAACUUGAGAAAGCACAUGAACUUAAAAACCAGUUGAAAGAAUAUUCUGCUUUAGAAGUUAUUUUAUAGUGAGAUUUUAGUUAGGUUCUUGUGUAUAUAAAAAGCAUAAAUGAAAUAUGAAAAAUCAAUAUUAGAUGCACAUGAUUUGGAGGUUUUCAUCAUCUCCUCUUU